AAAGGUUUUGUUACAAAAUUACUUCAAUGCAACAAAAUUUAUUUAUAUAGAUAAAAAUAUAUUAUCAAAAAAUAAAUAAACAUUUAAAAGGUGUGUGGGGCUUUGGCUGAAACGUUUGCACGUUUCGUGAAUACGCCUGGGGAAGCACACAAUUCUGGAUUUGACACCAACAUGAUGGACGAUUCUGUAGAUUUUGGUGGUGAUGGAGACAAAAAUAGCAAAGACCAUAAACGAAACACAACAACAACAAAAAUGGAGGAUGGCGAAGAGCAUAGUCAGGAUUCAAGCGUUAUGAACAACUCGCAAAGUGUCUUGGAAAAGAUAGCGAAUUUAUAUGCCGAGCAGUUGAUGUCCGACAUAAUUUUGGUUGUGGGCAAUGAGCAAUAUCCCGCACAUCGUGUUAUACUCUGCGCCAGUAGUGAAGUGUUUCAGGUGAUGCUCAUGAAUCCGCAAUGGAAUGAGUGUCGCAAGCAUGUUAUCGAGUUGGUUGAGGAACCCUGUUGUACGGCUGUUUUUCCACAGUUCUUAAAAUACUUGUAUGUUGGCCAAAUAAAAAUUUCACUACAGACGGUGAUGCCAAUGCUUGCUUUAGCAGACAAAUACAAUGUUAAGGACCUUGUAGAGCUUUGUGUUGAUUACAUGAUGAAGCACAUCGCUAAGGCAGCCACACAAGGUUACCUCGUCUCUUGGCUGCAGUACACAAUUGCUUUCAGUCCCUACCAUAAGGAACUCACCGAAACAUUGAAGCGAUUUUUGAAAUGGAAUUUAGAAAUGGUAAGCGAAUCAAAGGACUUUGUAGAAUUGGAUGUGGCAAUUAUGGUGCUGCUGCUGCAGCAGAAUGAUAUUGUGGUCACCAGUGAGUACCAGCUUUUUAGCAUUUUGCAACGUUGGCUUUUGCAUCGCAAAGAAGUCUACGACAAUGAUGAGACGCUCACGUUGGAAGAGAAAAAUACGGCAUUCUUGCAAUUGGUCGAGCAGACGGUGGUGCAUAUACGAUUUGCAAUGAUGACACCGCGUGAAUUGGCGCAUUUGCUACUAUUCCCACUGCUAGAGUAUCACAAAGAAUAUAUUGUUCAACGCAUGGCAAUAGGUAUGAGCUAUCAAUCGGGUCAGGAAGACCGUGUACGUGAGGUGCGUUAUUCUCCUGAGGGCAUGCUGCAAUUUACACCGCGCCUAUAUUCCAAUGACACCUGGAGCGUGAGCAUACAUGUGAAAGAGUUCGAUCAAAUCGAAAAAUAUACGAAUUAUGUGACGUGCUUCUUUUCGCAACGCAACAUAGCCGAAACUGAAGAUGAUCAUACCAUAACUUGGGAGAUUGAAUUCUUUCCGCGCGGUGUCAAAUACAACAAAGCGAAAAUUAUUUGGGGUGAAGAUGUACCAGAGUUUUCGUUGAAAACUGUGCGUCUGCGCGUCACCUGCAAAUAUCCACAGCUUGACGAGGAGCGUUUCAAGGUCGCCGUACUGAUCACUGGUGUACAAAAUAAAAUCGAUCAUAUUCUCACCGUACACGAACGCACCGAGUAUUUUUCGAAUAAGGUGCGCGUGCUGAAUGUGGACAACCUAAUACCCUACGAUGAGUUGGCGUUGUCUUCCAUUAAGCUCAGUCCCCACCUAAUUGGUGCCGAGCGCAAUAAUUUGUCAAUACAAGUGAUUAUAGCGCCCAUGGGUCCUUACACGUGCCGUGAUGCUCCGCCAUUUGAUUUUAAGUGAAAUGCAAAGCACUUUAGUUAUAAGAAUGUAAACACCGUUGUGUGCGCUGUGUGUGACUAUGCUGUAUAAACAUAUAUAUUAUAGGUUAGUUGGUUUAGUUGAACGUAAUUAAAAUUGGAAAUAUGUAUUUACUAUAUUUGAAAAAAGAAAAAAAA